AGCCCCGCCCCUAUCGUCGCGUAGCUCCGCCCCUUGGCUAUUCCGCGUCUGCGCUGUUUUACGGCAGCAGGUGGGAGGCGUGGUUGGCGGCCGGUCUGAGCGGAGGAGCCGGCGCUGUCUCUGGUGAGAAGAAAACCAGACACAUCAUGGACAGGGAAUGUUCUCAGCUCCUGCCUUCUGUUUGUGCAGUUCUAGCAGACUCAAGGCAACUUGUCGCAGAUGACACUUUUCUAGAGAAAUUUCUGGACUGGUUUAAGACCCUGACUGAAACAGAAUCUAGCCUGCUGCUGUUACAGGAAAAUCCAUGCUUGACAGAGCUCAUCACUUGUGUGCUGAAACUGAAGGAUCCAAGUUCUAGCACUCUUUCCUUUAUUCUGAGAUUAACAGGGAUAUUCGCAGCCUCUGAAAGCUGCUUCCAGUAUUUACAGGUAAAGGGAGUGUUGAUCAGUCUCUUUGGAGAGGUGGGCGCUCUCAGCAUGCUGUGGGAAGAGGCAUCUGUGCGAAGCGGCUGGGUCCAGGGUAACAGCAUGGUGCAGCACCAGAGCGCCCUCCAUUUUGUGCAAGUGUGUGGAGCCAUAGAUGUGAUCUUCAGGCAGGGAGACCCCAGCUUGUUUGUGGCUUCAGGCCAAUCAGCUUUAGUGCACAUGCUCACCUUCUCUCUAAAUCAUUCCAGACGAAAACCUGUAAAUAUAAAGGACUGUGAUUGGCCAAUAUGUGCUCAAAAGUUGAGUGCACAUGAAGAGUCCUUAAAUCAACUCUGCUCUCGUAUCAAAAUCCUUGAAGCUGCAGAGUGUGUGGGAUGCUGUCACGAUCUGUGGACUGAAGUAUUGUGGUCCAAACUAUCAGAGCCAAUUGUAUACUUGGAGGAGGAGCCAGUCCAUGCCGGGCACUCACUGGUGGACCUUUUCCUUAGCAUGACAAGAUCUCCUGUGUUUAGCUGCCCUGAAUGUAGCCUGUGGACAUCAGUGACUUGCUCGGAGCAACUUAAACCCAGUUGGUCGUUGGCAGGGGGAGUGCUGAAGCUUCAGGAAUGCCCACAGGCAGUAAGGAUCCAAGCUCUGAGUGUUCUGCUUCAACCAAUGGACUGUGUUCUGAAAGCAGCCUCCCAACCCUUGGAAUCUCCAGGUUUGCUGAAUAGGUCUGUGAACGAUCCUGCUACUGUGAAACUUCUGUCCUGCAGAUCUUCUUGUGCUAGUCUCUGUGUCAGACAUUGGCAUCUGGAGGAGCUGCAGUACCUGACCUGCUUGCCAGUGGAUUUGCCCCAUAUACCUUUGCUACAGUCUGUAGUGAUAUUGCAAUUCUGUAUUGGCCUUGCGACUCCAGCAACCGUUGGGAAACAAGACAGUAGAAUACUGAUUGGCUGCUUCAGAGUUCAGCGGUCAGCAUUUGACUCUUGGGGAGCGCUCUCUCACUGGGAAAGCCACAGUGUAUUCGUGGGAAGUGUAUCUGACAUCCUCCUUGCGUACCUGAAGAGUCCAGAUACCGUUCUGAAGAAGUCAUUUCAAGCAACGCUUAAAUGGCUGGUGAGUUUGUCAGAAGCACCCAGCUCCACGGAUCGCUGGGAACAGAUUGAGCAGUUUCUCCGAGAUCUGUUUCUGGUGCUACAGAAGCGUUUGUGCAGCCCGUACUGGGAAGUACGGGACUCCGCUCUGGAAUUUCUCACCCUUCUGGUUAAGCAUCUGAGAGAGAAGGAGGGGUUCAGGCAAGUUCUCUUCUCUUCAGAGGUGCCCAAGCUCACAGAGGAUCUUCUUGAGGACCCAGAGAGUUAUGUGCGAGCAAGUGCUGUGACAGCCAUGGGACAGCUGUCCUUCCUUACCCAUCUCAUCUCAAAGGAGCCUGGCAUAGAAAAUGGAAAUGGCAAAGAGAAAAGCAUUGUAGCCCAACUUCAAGAAAUCUUAUCAACAGACUCAGAGGGCUUCCCUAGAAGAGCUGUGAUCAGUGUCUUCAUUGACUGGCUGAGAGAAGGCCACACAGUUGUACUGAAAGACACUGAGCAGUUUGUCUCCAGCGUGCUCCAAGCUGUGAAUACCGACUUAGACUGGGAAGUCAAAGCUGGUGGUUUGGAACUGGCUGAAGUUUUCUCUGCCCAGACACUUGGACGGCUUGGCCUUGCUGCAUGCCCCUAUGCUGCUGUCUUAUCCUCUGCCACCCGCUCCACGCAUCUGAGUGAGUCUCUGCAGAUAUUCUGCCAGGUGAAACUGUUUGAGUUCCUGUUUGGUGCUUUGUGUGACUGUGACAGGCCAGUGGCUCAGAAAGCCUGCAAUAUCCUCAUUGCCUUGAAAGCUGAGCUCUGUGACGAGAGCAGCCUGAAAGAGGGGACGAGUGCAGGCUUAUCUACAGAAGCACAUGGCAUUGCUUGGUUAGAAGAGACUCUGAAGAGAUGGAGUUCCUGUCCCAGAGCUGAUGCUGAUGAGGCUGGCUCCCAAGACCCAAACUGUGUGCUGCUGGUUUUGAGAACUGUGGACUUGGAACGGCUGCACAGGUCUCUGAACAGAAGUAGUGACCACAUUGAGAAGAGCCCUCUCUUGCAGGACAUCCUGGCCACUGUGGGGACCUUGGAGGAGAAUGAAGCUGACUGCUAUUAAAGUCAGUGGCAGGUUCUUGCUCAGAAAGGAAGCCAUUCCAAACAGGUAUCUGGCUGCAAGAGAAGUUACUUGCUACCAAAGAGUAGAAACCAGGCCUUGCAAAAGAGAAAACUGAUAUAGAAAGGCCCAGGAGGAGGACUCUGUCUUGGACUGGUCUGAACAGUGAGGACGACAACCUGGCUAUCUGUCAAAUAGGUUAGACAGUUGUUAGGGGCAUGUUGUCCUUUCUAGCUGUGGCCCAGAAUGCAAGGAAUUUGAAUGAGAGAGUAUUUAAGAGGUGCAGCAGGGAACUAUAAUACAACGUAUUUUAACAAGUGAUUAUUAAAUAUGAACCCUGUAUGAAUUCAGACUCAGUCACUUCCCAAACUUUUUUUAAAAGUCCAAAAAAGCAUCUAUUUUAAUGUACCCUCAAAGUCAUAGAGAAAAUUACCCCCCAAAACCACAACUUUUUAAAACUGAUUUAAAGUGCUGGUGUAAACAAGGUAAAGAAAUCUAUUAACCCUUUUUAGAUGGUUGGUUAAACUUGCUGAAAGCUAGUUCAAGUAGACUGGUUUUAAAAGGGAUCUAUCCAUUUUGCUUGUCUACACUACCAUUCUAAAAUCAGAGUCCCUGUUAUAGCGAAGGGCCUAGAGGCAGAGGAGAACAUUUAGGGAAGAGUCAUGACAUCAGUAUUUUGAAUGUUUCCUGUAACUAUGGCAGGAGAACAAUUAAAUUGUAUUGGCAAAAAAAUUUUGACCUCUUCCUGCACAGGUUCCUAGGGAGAAGAUGAGAUGCUAGGUGCAAUACACUUGCAUUUCAGUGACGCUGGGGGCAACUGCAGUUUAAGCCUUCAGAGUACUCUAGUCCCCAUUUCAGAAAAGCUGGAAUGACUCCCAGUGGGAGAAGGCAGCUUUGGCAGCUGGAUCUUUUCAAUAAAAUGGUAGUGUCAGACUUCAGUUUGCCUCAUCCAAGUCAACAAACCUCCUCAAUUAGAAAUUGAGCAGCCGUACCCAGAACUGCUUUCUGAGGGCAAUUUGACAGCUUUUUGAAAGCAGUGUGGGGGAGAUUUGUAGUUUACAACUUCAGCAGCCCAAGAAGCAACACUGUAUUAAAACCUUUCUUCUGUAGUGAAACAGCACAGCCAUGGCAACAGUGUCAAACCGUACUUAAGUCGCUUGAGCACUGAUGUGAAACUAACCUUGCCAAGUAGGUAUGGUAAAGAACACGCCAUUCAUUUUAGGCUAAGGGAGGAUACUGAAGCUCUCAUCCAGCUGCAGUGUCUCAAGAGGAGAGGAUCUCAAUUCAAAUACCAUCUCAUUCAUUCCCUUCUGCCAACAGCUGUGCUAGCCAGUGAAACAGCAUCUCAAAGUCUGUCUUUUUGAACAGCUACUGGCAGCAAUGCAGGGAGGUUAGGCAUAGGUUUGAAUACUUAACUGCUGAGGUUGGAAGUUUACAGCAUACCCUUUAAUGAAUUCAGACGACAAACUUAUCUGCCACGCUGCACACAGCUUUCUACAAGAGAGCUCCAGCUCUCUUAUGGCAACUGGAAGGAGCAGCCUUUGAUGAUGACAUAAAAGCCUGUCUGACCUCAGGCUGUAUCUGACUGAAGAAAGGAAAAAGAAGAAUAAAAAUAAGACUAAGAUGGCCAUAUCUUUACCCUGCCUGGCACUUGCAGAAGCUGGGAGGGUUAGUGAAGAGGAGUCUGGCUAAUUUAAGGAAGCGUAGAUGGUUUUUCUCAACCGCUGCAGCCAUGUCUGCUCAAUGGAUUGUUAUCCAAAGCUAGCAUCACACUCUUUGCAGGGCAUUAUCUGAUCUGUUUAAAGGGGAAGAGAGCAAAGUUAUUAGAUCACAAUCAGUGACACUUUUUAGGUAAUGAGAAAAGCAAGUAUAAUUACCACCUUUUACAGGUGGGGAAGGUUAAGGACUAGAACUCAGGUCUCCUGCCUCCCAGACCACUGGAUUUGCCCCGCUUUGCUUCCUCAGUGUGUCACCUUUAGCUAGAAGUGAUGGUGAUGCUAAGUUCAGGCCCCUGACUGCUUGUAGUCUGGAGCCACCUUACCCAAUGCAUGAUAUAUAUGCUACUAGAGAAGGGGACGGGUGCGCGCACGCGCACAGAGAGAGAGAGUUUGGAGUGAUGGACAGGUAGGGCUACUUACUGGUGCAGUGGGAAGUAGCAUCUCAUUCAUCUUUCUGCCUGCAAGUGGAGGUGACAGGAGGAUUAAUUUUGGAACUUUCAUAAACAAUAUUGUACUGAAAAGCUCUCAAGCUUUCAGCAGUUAGACUAAAAACAAUACUGACUUGCACAGCUUCCAUUUCUUCUGCUCUGUUUCACCCUCCUUUAUUGUUCCUUGCAUGUGUCUGUUCACUGCACUCUGUUCUUCAAGACUUGCAUUAGUGCUGGGAGGCUGAGACUGGAAUCAUGUAUCCAACAAGAGGAGAAAAGAGCUGAGCGGCGUGAAAAUCAGCAGCAUGACAGCAAAGUGGCGGCGGGGGGUGGAGAGAUCAAGGGAGGUAAGGAGCAGCCAAGAAAACCUUGCUUUCCCUGCUGCAGAAAAAUUCAGCUAGUGCUUAGGGAUGUUAUAAAUCUUGUUUAAAUCAAAACCGUAGCUGCCUGACUUGUAAAUGAACACCAUGACACAGCCAGCAACUAGUGCAUUCCCAAGGUCCUAGGUGCUUGUAAGGGCAGAGAGCCAGCUGAGAGAGGAACUGAAACUCAGUUCUAGCACAACAGCCUAAGCCACUGGGCUUCUCUUCCCCCCCCAGUGUUCGGUUUUUAGAGUUAAGUAGAAUGUUUUCUUACUGCACCCUUGAAAAGAAAAGCCUGGUUCACAGUGUGCGUCUAUCUCCAGAAUGGCGUAUCCUAGACUUGUUCCAGCCCCCUGAGGAGUUCUGCCUUUGCUGCUGAAAAACACCCCAGUGCCAACAACAAUCCAACAAGCAAAUGUAAAAUAAAUGAGCCUUCUACCUUGGUCAUCUAGUGCUGUCCUCUAAGGAAAGAGAUCAGUGCCCAUGGCCUGAUCU